AUGCCGCAAAUGCCAACCAAAGUACGCGGCGUGGUCAUUGCCACGGUGGUGCUUACUUUCCUUGGGACUGUUUUGGUAUGGAGUGGGUUGUCCGACCACGUGCCGUUUGUCCAGAGGCGCAUUGCGGGAUCCCGCUCCAGCAAGAGAACUGACAGAGAAAAGAAGCAUGGCCAUCAUCAUCAUCAUCAUCGCCGUCAUCAUCGCCAUCGCCGUGGCAGCAAGGGAGAAUCACAGGAACAGCCGGGAGAGCAACCGAAGCCGCAAGACACUGACCCGCACCGCACCCCGCGGGGUGAGGGACAGGGAGUGACGGAGACAUCGACGUCGCAGCACUCGGGAUCUCCCGAACCUAGGAGUCAGCAAAGCACCCCUGGUGGAUCUAAUCGGCGCAUUAUAAUAAAGAUACCAGAGGAACUCCGCAGCUCCAUCCAUUCAAGCUUAUCGCCCUGCAGGGAAACGGAAACAGGUGACCAUAAUUAG